AUGGCCUUCUUCCGCAUAACACUCCUCCGCUCCGCAAUCGGUCUCCCCCGCCGAACAACAGACGUCCUCAAAGCCCUUGGCCUCAAAAAGCGCAUGGCAACCGUCUUCCACCCCGUCUCGCAGUCCGUCGCAGGUCAGGUCAUGAAGGUCAAGGAGCUCGUUGACGUGCAGGAGGUCGACAGGCGCUUAACCAAGCAGGAAGUGCAUCUGGAGCGGAAACCGGAUCCGGGUUAUUAUGUUGAGAAGAGAGGGAAUGCGGAGUUUGUGGAGCAGACGAGGGAGUAG